AUGCUCCACCUUGAAUCUAUUGCUAUUUCUGCCCUCGUUUUGCUUCAUGCAAGCUGCAUGACAGCGGCGUACGAUGUUAAGGCUCCGUACAAGCCGACUGGUUCAUUCCUUGUCACCGUUUGCAAUGGCGGUCUCAAUCAACAGCGAGGAGCAAUUGUCAAUGCCGUGGUCCUAGCACGCUUUCUGAAUUUGACACUUGUUGUGCCAUUCCUGAAAGCCCACCCUGUCUGGGGAGAUAGCAGGUACGUGGAGAACGUUAAGCCUUCAGUCCAAAACAGCAGCAUUGUUCUACUAAGUCCCUUCGCCCGGCGUCUUGGGAACGUUCUUCCAGAACCGUGGCAGCUUUUCCGGUGCAAGGUCAACUAUGAGGGCCUCAGAUUCGUAAAUUCCAUUCUUGUAAUGGGAAGAAAGGUCAUACGGAGAAUGAAGAAGAUGUCAUCCAACUUCGUGUCGUUGCACUGGAGGUUCGAGACUGAUGCUGUUGCCUAUUCAAUGUGUGAAUUCGGGGGUGGUGAGAAAGAGAAGCUGGCUCUAGAGGAGUACCGAGUAGAGCACUGGGACAGAGCAACAAGGAAGCUUCGUGAAGCACUAAGUCCUGCUAGCCAGCGAUCUCUGCGGUCCAUGUUUCCAAACGCUCUGACCAAACGGGACAUUCUGACACGGGAAGAACUUGGUUCAUUGGAGAGGAGGGCAUCUGCACUAGCAGCUAUUGAUUAUAUAGUGUCCACAGAAAGUGGCAUCUUCAUUCCAACCGCGACAGGAAAUUUCCCUAACUUUGUUAUUGGGCACAGGCUUUACUAUGGCCGGAGGAGUGUUCAACCGGACUUAAAAAAGCUGGCAUCCUUGUACUCAUGCCACCACUUGUCAGAGCGUGAUUUGCUUGAGCUUGUCAGAGCUGUCCAUGAGGACCGCUUUGUUUAUCACGGGAGGUCAGCAACAAGCAACUUCUUUGCAAACCCAGAAGAGUGCCUAUGUCCACCCUGA